AUGAGCUACGACCCGCCUAUAGGACUUCUCACCGGAAGAGAAAAGAAGCUUGCAAAGAAGGCUAAAUAUGGACAAGGUUACCCGGAACCUAUCAAAUCGAGAAGAGAAGAAUUGAAAAAAUUAAUGAUGAAUGAACCCAUUGAAAUCAGGGAAAUAAAAGUUCGAGCAAAGAACAUGGAGUUUUUCGAUGAAGAUUAUAAUAAGCGCGAGAACAUGUACUCGAUGGUUAUCGAAAUGAUGAAAGCCAUGCCAGAUAAAACAAAGUCUAACGGUGAAAGUUUGGCAAAAUGGUAUUUGGAAGAUUUCGAUUUGUGGCUACAAAAAUCUGGUAGAGAAAAAAUGCUGAGAGACGAAUUUCUUAAGGAUCCAAUAAUUCGGACCAAUGCAUUAAAAGCUUGUCAUGUAGAGCAAAAAACUCUCCUAAGCCGAAUUUUUGAUAUCAGCCAAGAAACGCUCAUGAAAGACGUUACGGAGUUGCUUCAAACGAACAUCGCGAAAGGAGAGUUCAUUAAAGCUGCCAGAUUGGCUGUAAAGUACCAACUCUCCGACACUCUCGAUUUCGGAACGCUUGCACGCCCUCUGAUUAUCAGUGGACAGAAUAAAGAAGCAUACGAAUUAAUGCAAGGAUGCAAACGAAUGCAAAUUGACUUUGUGAAGUUUCUGGAUGAAUUUGUCGGCAUGUCAAGAACAGCAAUCGAGCAAGAUCUGCUUCAGUAUGAAGAUAAACACGGGACGGUUUCAUCAUCCAAAUUUGGCUCAGUGGAUCAUGAUAAACUCAUUUCGAGCGUAUUAUCAAAAGUGUCCUUAGAAUAUAAUUUCGAAAGAGAUCUUGCUAAAUACGCCCCGAACCAUGCACAGAAUGCGAGUUUCAAAAAUCUGAAGCACAAGAUUAGUCAGAGAUAUCCUACGGAUGGAGCGAAGCAGGAAAUGAGCGAUGAAAAUUAUUUUCAAGACAUGGUGGCUACUCUCCAGAAUCAUCCGGAUGUUCAAGAACAAAUCUUAUUUUAUUUGUGGUCUUCGAACGUAGAAAUGAAACAAAUUGACGCUAUUUCAAUUGCCAUUCACCUCGAAAUAAACGAUAAGAGAAGCAAACAAAUCCCAGGAAAAAUGAGAGACUUUUUUGGAUCCGAAGCUAUGACAGAGGAACAACAGAAAAUUCUCAAAGAAGCACGAAUCCUAUUGGAAAAGAGAACGAUGGUACGGACACCCCAGGAAAAUGAGCAGUUGUAUGUGUAUGAAGAUAAUCGUUGCCCAAUUUAUAUGAUAACAACUGAAUCGGAAAUGAAAAACUUAUGCACAGAAAUACAAUUACUUUCGGAAGAUCCAAAACCAGUGUACGUAGGAUUCGACUCGGAAUGGAAACCUUCAAAUUUAACUUCUAUAAACUCAUCGAAAAUUGCUAUCAUCCAGCUGUACUUCAAAGAUAAAGUCUAUUUGGUGGAUUGUGUGCAGCUAGAAGAAAAAAGACUUCCAGAUGAACGGUGGCAAGAGUUUGCAAGACAACUUUUUGGUUCAAAAAAACUGAAAAUUAUUGGAUUCGAUAUGCGAAAUGAUUUGGAUGCUAUAAUCGCUCUGCCUGCAUUGAGAGAAACACUGGCUAUAGACAGUAUUCAAAAUUGCUUCGAUCUCAAAAGAUUGGCUGAAAAUAUAUGCGAAAUUGAUAUGGAAAUUUUGGAUUUGAAGAGAAAAACGUUUAAACUGGCAGAUUUGACACAGUCUCUACUCGGACAGACACUCGACAAAACGGAACAGUGUAGUAAUUGGCAAAGUCGACCUCUUCGAAAAAAUCAGCUCCUUUACGCAGCACUGGAUGCAGUUGUUGUAGUGCUAACAUUCGAAAAGAUUUUAGAAAUUACUCUAGAAAAAAAUUCUGAAAUAGAUAUUAUUGAGAUUAGAAAACACUCGAAUGUCCUAGCUCCGAAAAAAGAAAAAUGUCAAAAAGCUCAUCGUAAACUGAAAAACAUCCCCUGGCUCGAAAUUUGUGAGCUGCUUAGCCGUCAUUGUGAUAAAAGCAGACCUUUCAAAAGACCACAUGAAAUGAAAGUGAUAGUUGAUACAAUGCUUCUUGGUUUUGGAAAGCACUUGAGGUUUGUAUUUCUCAAUAUUCAAGAUGAAUUUAUUUCUAGACGUAUCGGAGUGGAUGUUUAUUUACCACGAGACGUAGCCGACUUCAAAGAUAAAUUGAAAUUGAUCAACCGACUCGGAGGAGAUUAUCGACGUCUCAUCAUCACAGUACCAUCGAAAAGUUUCACUGCUCUAAGAGAAGAAUACGCAAGAGAUUUAUUUGCAAUGCCAGAACUGAAUAAUAAACCUCCAAUGGAUCAGCUCAUAGAUUUCUGUGAUAAAUUCAACGUUGAAGUACGACCAGAAGAUGAGUAUCUAUGCUGCAUCGAGUGUAAUUCACGACUUCAAAUCAAGUUCCCAGGACCUGUUCUUCAUUUCUUACAUCAAUAUAAUGUAAUCCAUGUGCAAAACGUUUAUCGUGCAGAUAUGAGCCAAUUUCCCCUUGAAGAUUGGUGGAAUCGUAUGCUUCAACUCAACCCAGAUAACUAUGAUGGAAUUGUUGUUAAAAUGUCGCGGCCAACUCCAAAAAGCAAAUGGAUUGUUGCAACCGUUCCUACAGGAUGUCUUCACAUCACACGACAAACAGUAAUUCAUAAUAACCUCCCAGAUGGUGUGGAAGUUAAAAUUCAAAAAGUUCCCGAUGACGAGUUCCAGCGUCCUAAUCUGUGCUUCUACGUCUGUGGAGAUUGUGGAACUGUUGCUUACGAUGGUCGUGCUUCACAUCAAAAUUCUAAAACUUCUCAAAGCAACGAUAAACACUUAAUUUGA